GAAAUCCUUCGUUCAGUGAAUGGAAAAAUGCCUAUGCAUUUGCAGGAGUCCUUCAAAUUUACUAUUAUUGGACAGUAUGAUGCAGGUUAUUAUACUGAUUCAAAAAUGAAAGACAAUAAUAAAAAGAGUCCUCUGCUGUUAAGUGAUAUUGAGCAGUUACAAUGUAUUGGGGGUGCUAAAAGUUGUGCCUCAAAAGACAACAGUAAUGAUAUAGUAAAUGGACAGGAAUCAUGUGCAAAAGCAGGUUAUGGUGAUAAUUACCAAAAAAGGAACUGUGGCUGCAGUGAACUAGAUGAUAUCACAGAACAUUACAGGAAAUCUUUGGUCAGAAAUGGUAACUGGAUUCAUCUACUUUAUAAAUCUGCAAGAGUAUUCAGCAAAGAGGCCAAACAAAUCCCGCAGCUUCAUCACUUGCAUCAACAAGAUUGUAUAUUCACCGUCUGUGAUACUCACGUAUUACUUUACGACUGUCCAACCGAUGGUAAAAAUUAUCUAUCUGUAAAUUCCUGGGGUUUGUCUCAGCAUGCGAAACCUUCCUUCAAGAAACCACAUUUUGUCAAUGAUCUUCAAAAGAAACAGUUGCUUCUUGAUUUGGAGUCAGUUGUCUUGGCGCUCAAUUGUUCAAAUGUUGCUAAAGAGUUUUUAGAACAGCAUGUUGGUGUCUCUAAAUCUGUGAUUACCUGCUUAUUUACAUCUAUAUUGCCUCAGUUGGCAGCAAUACUGCGCCAGUUUGUUGCAGUGUCUGUGGCUUCAAUCUUUAGCAUUAUUUACCUAUUUCUUCAAUUUCUCCGCAAAGAUUUUUUUGGGCGAUCUAGAACAGUCUUCUUUGUUGCACAAAAGGUAUUUAGACACUCAUGCAGAUAUGCUCACAUUCGCAGUUGUCAGAUUCUUUAUUGGCCAAUUUUCCUUCAAGAUACUGGUCUCAGUUACUUGUCAAAUGCUGAAUAUGCCCAGAAAGCUGCGCUGAAGAAGCACUUUAUUUGGUCCAACCUUGCUGUUGAUGUUAUAUUAGGAAUCGUUCUCGGAGUGACAUUAUUCACUAAUAUUGAAGCCAUUUGUUUUUCUACUGUCACUAUCGCGCACUACGUGACUGAUAAUGUUUUACGUGCUGGUUGUGUGUGGCUGAUGGGAGUUCCUGCAGGUUUUAAGCUGAAUUCGGAACUGGCCGAGCUUCUUGGCAUGAUUUCACUCAAUGCAAUCCAAAUAUUCUCAACUCUUUGGUUCUUUAUGAGUACUUCCCUCGGACAUAUCAUUCUUGGGCUUGCAAUUUCUGGGAUUGUUUUUGGUCUAACCAUACCGGCUGCUUUAUGCAUAGAUAUGAUCAACCUUGCAACUGUGCAUGUUAGAACUCUUCAUUUGUUUAUCUCUUUUCUUUAUUCACAGCAGAUCCAGGUUUUGGCAUCAUUAUGGCGCCUUUUCAGAGGGCGAAAGUGGAAUCCACUUCGACAGAGGUUAGAUAGCUAUGAUUACACAGUUGAGCAACAUGUGGUUGGAUCACUGCUCUUUACACCUAUCCUACUUCUUUUGCCAACAACAUCUGCAUUCUACAUUUUCUUUACCAUGCUGAAUAGCAUGAUAACUUCCAUCUGCAUCAUGGUUGAGAUUAUGAUUUCCUUCCUUCAUGCUACUCCUUAUGCUGAAGUCAUAUUUUGGUUAACUAUGAGGAGGAGAUUUCCAUCCGGAAUAUGGUUUGAAACCACACAAGCUUCAUCUAAGCAUAGUAGUGCAGACUAUGGGCUGUUGGAAGAAGGUAGUUUAGCCUCGGAAUCGGCUGAAAGGAACCUAGGACUUCUCAUCAAUGAAGGAUCAGAGAGUUCGCUUUCACUUCUUCGUAGUAACUAUGCUACAAUUGGAGAAGUCGUUGCGCCGCAUUACAGGAACAUAUUUUCUGGUGUUGAUUCAUCCUUUGGUAGGUCAUUGGCAUAUGGGCUCCUCAGCGGUCAAAGGAUUCCAUCAACACUGAACACCAGCUUGCCUUCCUCUUUGCCUUGGAUGCACAUCGGCGUUUGGGAAUAUUGGCGGCUUUGCUAUAGUUCGACAAGUGCAUCCAGCUUAUAGUGUGGUACUAACACGAAGAUAUUUCUAGCAGGAGUUUAGCUGCGCAUCUUAUUUUAACUCUAGUUUGUACUUCAAGAUUUGUAGCAUGGAGUUAGCUGAUGUACUUCAUCGUUUUGGAGGUGUCGAGGUUAUCGUCUAUCUCACUGCAAGUUAUCUUUCCUUUCGAAUGGUUAUUGGACCAAUCCUCACAAAUUGGAAGCUUGAGGAGAAGCUGCUAGUUUUGUUGUUGUUUGGACCCGAUUUGAAGACUGGGAUGGCUAAUUUGGGAUUUCUACAAUUUUAAUAAGCUUGCCUCAUAUAUGUCUCGAUUAGGUCCCAACUCUUUGAGGUGUAUAGCAUUCAUCCGUCAUAUUUUGUUUCCGGCCAUAUGUCCCUUGUUUCCGGCCAUAUGUCCCUGAUCAAAUGUUUCGUGUCGUAUGAUGCUUAGCAUUCCAACAGUAGGUUUGACGAAAUUUGUUGGUCCUGCCGGGUGCGUAUUUAAAACAUAUCCAUUGACCUGUACUUUUAUCCA